UUCCGUAAUGCCACAGGCUUUUGUCACACUCGGGGUUCCGUCUUGUCCAGGCCUGCUGCUGGACACUAGUCUCCGCAUGUUCUCCUCAUGCUGUGGAUAUAUAUCGAUAUAGGGUAAAAGGCGUGUGUAUGUGUGAGUGCGUGUGUGGUCACCACACAUCAGUGCAGGAACACGACAUGAUGUCAGGACCAUAGCAGCUGCCAUCUAACCGUCCAACUGUGUGGUUGUGAGAGGAGAAGCUCCUCCCACUGCGAGGACAUGUUUGAAGUCAAGCCGCGGGCGGUGGAGAAGAAGGAGUCGAGCACGGAGACAGAUGAGGGUCUCGGCAGCAGCAGUGGGAGACGUUACGCCUCCAGCUCCGCGGGUUCUGGUUCGGUCGGCUCCAUGUACCUGUCAGACAGUCAGGACUGGGUGGUUUCGCCCAGCUGCUCUCCAGACGAAGGCCCCGCCCCCAACAACAGCGCCAUCUCGCCCCUGCUGGCAGAGGAGACCUUCCGCUACAUGACGUACCUUUCUUUGGAGUCCUCCUCUUAUUCCCACCCCGGCUCUCAGAGCCUCUCCAAAGUCCUCAGUUCUGACCAUGUGGAGCAGAUGACAAAGACGUACAAUGACAUUGAAGUGGUGUCGCACCUUCUGGCUGAGCGGGACAGAGACUUGGAGCUGGCGGCUCGGAUCGGUCAGUCGCUGCUGCAGAGGAACCACCUGCUACAGGAGCGCAACGAAGCUGUGGAGGAGCAGCUCACUCAGGCUCUCGACCAGGUUCAUCAGCUUCAGCAUGAGCUCAGUAAGAAGGACGAGUUACUGCGGAUGGUGGCCAGCGCCUCGGAGGAAAGCGAGACCGACUCCAGCGUGUCCACGCCCCUGCAGCAACGCAAAACACCGGGGGGCGGCGCCACCAUGACUCCUGCCACCGCUCUCAGCCAGCUGGAGUCGCUGCAGAGCAAACUGCAGGAGCUGGAGGACGAGAACCAGACACUGAGGUCUGAGGCCUGUCAACUGAAGAGAGACACCAUCACGUACGAGGAGAAGGAGCAGCAGCUCGUCAGCGACUGUGUCAAAGAGCUGCGUGAGUCCAACAGUCAGAUGAUUUCUCUGACAGACGAGUUGUCUCAGAAGAACGAGGAGCUGCACAGACACCAGGAGGAAAUCGCUCAGCUGCUCUCACAGAUCGUCGAGCUGCAGCACAGAGUCAAAGAGUUGGCUUUGGAGAAAGAGGAGCUGAGGAUUCACCUGCAGGCGUCUAAAGAUGCUCAAAGACAACUCACCGCUGAGCUGGACGAGCUGGCAGAGAGGAACGUGGAGUGUGUGGAGAUGCUGCACGAGUCUCAGGAGGAGAUUAAAGAGCUCCGCAGUAAAAACACUCCCUCUGCUGGACUGAGACGACACCUGUCCUACGGCCUCUACCCCAUGGAUUCUCUGGCAGCAGAGAUCGAGGGAACCAUGAGGAGAGAGCUGAGUGUGGAAGAAGAAACAGCCUUUCAGGACCAAAGAAUAUCCCAGAAGAAAGUCUUCCAAACAGUCCGCUCCAUCAACGCCUCGUCCUCACGGGCGGGUUCUGCCACGCCUCCUAUCCCCGGCUCAGGUCAGAGCUCUUUAGUGAUGACGUCACAGCCCUUCCUGUCCACUCAGAGGGACGAGGAGAGGAUGGGUCAGCCCGGCUGUCCCGGUGGAAACGACCUGACCAGAGCUCUUCACCGCCUGUCACUGCGGCGGCAGAACUUCCUCUCCGAGCGACAGUUCUUCCAAGCAGAGCGAGAGAAGAAGCUGCAGACUCUGGCAGGAGGAGCAGAGGUGGAGGGAGGAGGCAGCAGCUGCUGCAGCUCACCCAUGGGCAGUGUCUUCUCCUCCUUCUCUAACCUGUCAGAGCUCUCCAUCACCUCCAGCGCUUUUAAGACCUUCCUCCCUGAGAAGCUUCAGAUCGUCAAACCCAUGGAAGGCUCACUGACACUCCAUCACUGGCAGCAGCUCGCCAAACCACACCUGGCCACCAUCCUGGACCCACACCCAGGCGUGGUGACGAAGGGUUUCCGCCCGCUGACUCAAGACGCCACGUACCGCCUCUCUGACAUGGAGGAGGACGAGGAGGGUGAGGAGCACGGAGGCAGCGGCGUGCUGGAGAAGGGAGCAGCGGAGCGCGGCAAGGAAGAGGAGGAUGAGGAAGAGGAGGAAGGCGGGAUCACGUUCAAAGUGCGCUACACGUCCACACCAGAGGAGAGGAAGGACAGGAAGGACAGGAAGCACUCAGUGUCUCCUCUCCUGACGUCACCCUCCGUGUCACCUGCACUUCCUGUCACUGUGACGUCCAGCCAGUCAUGUCUGACUAUUCCAAGAACCUCUGCAACAGUGGUCCAAGCACAGAGUCACAUGACCUCAGUGUCGACAACACCCUCGUCCUCUGUCCCAAAUCCAGGAAAGUGUCACAGCUCCACCUCCUCCACCUACACCUUCACCACCUGCCGCAUCCUGCACCCCAGUGACAUCACACAGGUCACCGCGAGUUCUCAGUCGUCUCUCCUCGUGCACACUCCCAGUUCCAUGAGGACGGGGCCCAGCACGCCCGUCACUCCCUGCAGACUCAGUCUGGGCGACUCCUUCCCUCCUCGCCGCCCCGCGGCUCCCACCAGCAGCCUAGCUAAGCUGGUGCUGGAGAGAGGCAUAUCUGCACAGGUGUCCACCGACACUCCGCCUCCAUCUCCCAAAACCACAUCCAGACAGCCACUGUUUCGCUUCCUCCCGAACACGCCCCCAAAUUCACCCUCCCACUCUCCCACGCCCUCUCCUGUCCCCGCGGAGUCACGGCAGCACCCGGCCGACAAUUUCCUGGCGUCACGGCCAGCGGAGCUUUUCCUCCAGGACGUUUAUGGUUUAAAUCUGGGCCGCGCCCCUCACCCCGACCUUCCGAGCCCCUCCCAGGAAACGGCGUCCCGGCCCGAGCUGGUGAGCAGCGUGGGCCUGGUGGAGAGGCUGCGGCGGCUCGGCUUCGCAAAGGUUCUUCACGCUUCAGAGCCGCGGCAGGAUUCUGCCACGUUUGUGUCGGCGGGUGGAGGGAGUCUGUUAGACGGACUGAGACGUAACCAGAGUCUGCCCGCCAUGAUCGGGGCCCGCGCCGGGAAAUCAGCUGCUAAAGCUAACCCUCCUCAUCUUCAUCCUCCUCCUCCUCACCCCACCUCCCUGGCGCUGCCUCCACCUGCGUGGGGAAACCUUAAAGAGCGGCGGCGACACUUCGCCUCCGUCUCUCAUGUUCCAUCGAGUUCAACCAAGCACUGAAGAAGAAGAAGAGGAGGAGGAGGAGGAGGAAGACAGUCCUCAUUUCUCCUCCUUCUCUGCCUUUGAAGAGACAGAGACUCUUAUUUAACCAAUCCCUGCUUUUAGUGACUGAAUUUUAAAGCACAAUUGAGCUAAAGUGACUGUUUUAGUGACUCCGCAGUGCGUGUGUGUGUGUGUGUGCGUGUGCGUGUGCGUGUGCGUGUGUGUGUACAUGUUUGCUCAUGUUAAGGCCUUAGCUUCCUCCUGCACACGUUUAUAACCAUCUCUCUGUAGUUCUCCUGUCAGGCUCUGGAUGUUCAGGUUCAGGUUAAGGUUCAGUAGAGAAGCAACAUGGAUGUGGUUCAAGGUGUUUGAGGAAGUGUUAAAGAGAGGAAGAGGAGGAGCAGCGGAGCAAAGUGAUGAAGAGAAAGGGUUUCUGUAUUUUGUUUGUUUAUGAAAGAAGAAGAAGAAAAGAAGGGAGGAAAGAAUGAGCAUCCAGAGUCUUAAAGUGAUGGUACAGGUUUUUAAAGUGUGGUUUGAAGAAGUUCUGGAUCAUAGUCGGCACUUUAGACUAACUUUUAUACAAGGAACUAAAGUUUGUAAACCACUCACUCUCCCACACCAAACCCCACUGCUGCCUCGUGUGGUCACUUUGUGUCACUGAGGUCAAUCUGAACAAACGAGUUCAAAAUAAGACAUUUGAAGUGAGUGAUGGAGGCAGCAGUGGAUCAACAACUCCUGUGUGCUGUGAUGUUAAAUCGACAGUUUUCUCUAUGGACUUUGGUGUGGGAGAGUGAGCGCUUUACAAACUUCAGUUUCCUGUUGAAAAUGUCGUCUGACAGUGAGACAAAGACGUGAACAUUAGUGUUUAUGUCCAGACUUCAGUGCAGCUCUGACAGUGGUGUUCUGUAAUAAACCGUGUGAGCCGACCCCGCGACACGCGAGGUCAUUUCCUGCCAGGCUCAGUCUGACCACACAGCAAACAUCAGGCCACUUUUAACUGUUGUACGUCUGGUGUUUCCUGCUGCCUGCAUGACCUCGCCUACAGGCCCCAGCAUGCACCUGUCGGCAGAAGGAUGGGGUGAGAACCAGACAAAAAACAAAA